CGUUGCAAACUUUUAUGACCUGUUCCGACCUGUGCUGCAGAUCCCGUGGAAUUCCUCUUCGGUAGCUUGCAGCGAGGCACAGAAAUGAGACUUCCCAUGAAACCUUUUUUCAUGAAACUUAAAAUUUUUAUAUAUUUGCAACUAGAAACAAAGACUACAACUUUUACUAGAAGGUUGCGUUGUUGUUGAACACAGUUCCUCAGGAGAGUUUAAAACCUUUGCAGAGAUAGGAUUUCCUUCUACUUGAGGAUUUGCCCUUUAAAGAGAGCCAGCCCCAAGUUUAUGCAAAAACAAUGUUCAUUAACGCCCCUGACCUAUUUUUGGAGUAAGUUAAAAUGAAGAAAAAAUUAGUUGAUAAUUAAGGCUUCUGGAGCUACUCGAAAACUUAAUAUAGAAGCAGCAUCUUCACUCAUCUGCUGGAUCGGUCCCAGAUCUAGCAUUCCUUAACACAACCCUAAUCAUUAUGUUAAAUAUGAUCCAUAAACUAUGAUAUGUGGGUGGUUAUUCUUAAAUCAGAAUCUAUUACUCUCUGCUAAUUUAGAAAUAUUUAUAAACGUUCAGAGAGGAUUAGUAAUCUACGUGUGUUUUUUCAAAGGAGCUAAUAAAGAACUUCUUCCCAAAAUGGUUAAUACACUGUUAAAUGUGAAGUUAAGUGAAACAGAAAAUGGCAAGCAUGUGUCUAUAUUGGAUCUACCUGGCAAUGUACUGAUCAUCCCUCAAGCCACCCUUGGAGGGAGAGUAAAAGGAAGAAACAUGCAGUAUCACUCUAACUCUGGAAAAGAAGAAGGCUUAGAACUUUAUUCCCAAUUUGUGACUCUGUGUGAGAAAGAACUGGCUGCCAACAGCAAGUGUGCUGAAGCUGGGGUUGUGGUGGAACAUGGUACUUACGGGAACAGGCAGGUGUUACAGCUGGAUACCAACGGACCAUACACACACCUAAUUGAGUUUUGAAAAAUUAAAAGUUUCUACAGUUGUUUUCUGGUAUAAAAUGAUCUCAACUAUAAUUAGAUUUUCUUCCUCUUCUUGAAUACACUAAUCUGCAGCAUUUUUAGACAAGAAAAUUUGGGUGCCAUCCAUACCUCUGAAACCUGUUAAUUGGAUGACCUUGCCUUGCCAAGUCACCAAACUCUGAAUCUCAGCCCUACCUUUUGUCCUACUUUCCCAUACACUUCCACUUGAAAACUUGAAAAGUGCUUUCUAUUCACUGUAUAGUCAUUGUGGAAAUGCUCUUAGAGAGCUGUAUUUAAGUAUUUCUGCAUGAAGAAUUUUGUUCAAUCAAGAAAAAUAUACCCUUGGGGCGCCUGGGUGGCUCAGUGGGUUAAACCGCUGCCUUCGGCUCAGGUCAUGAUCUCAGGGUCCU